AUGAAGAAGUGGGGAAGGGAAUUUAAUGCUUUCUCUGCGCAUUCAGGCGCCUCUUCAGUCACCAGCCAGGAGAGGCUGAGCAUGGGGUCAGCAUUGGGGUCAGGUAUAGCGCCAACACCUAUCAACGCAGGCGCUACGCAAGUUCUUCAGCCUUACAGCCCUCGAAGCUGCGGCGCCAGCCUGGCCUUGACCGGUGGAACAGAAUAUAUUGGCUUUCCGAGGCUUAACGCCCUUUUGGAUGAUUUACAUGGUCCUCUCCUCGCUCACUUAUCGACGAAAUCUGAGGAAUUCAGACCUUUGAUGUACAGGAUCCGUAUACUUGGGCCAGAUGAGGCUUCCGCCAAACCGUGGGUCGUAGUCCUCUGCCCGACAUCUGCAGUCAUGAACGUCGAAUCGUUCUUUCAAGGAGAUUUAGCACGGAGCGCUUGCGCUGGGGAAGGUGUUGAAGUGGCGUAUGUCGGUCGUUCAUUGCGGUUCAAGAGCGGGUUGUGGAACGAAGUGGAAGUUGCGUUCGCGACGACAGAUCUGCAACACCGAUCACCUUGGUCAGGUUCGGUCGUGCUCACGCAAACAUCGAAUGAACUACAUGCAAGCAUGGGAGGUGUGCUGGUCGUCACGGAUACAGAAGGCAUGGAAUCCGUAGUCGGACUGACGGUCGGGCACCUACUACAUUGCGGAAAUAGGACUGGUUCUUCUCCGCUGGACGUCGACUUCGAACAAUUCAUCUCGACACCCGUUUUGGAAGAUUGGGGCAGACCACAGACACUGGGACGUAUCGCCGAAGUCUCCUUUUCUGCUUCGGCACGAAAUCUAGACUGGGCACUGAUACACUUCUCGAAUGAAACCACGGUCUCAGAUUUGGUCUCCAGCGACCCAACGGACGAGAAAUUCAUCUUGGGUCACUGCAAGGGCUCUGUGAAAUUUCGUCCUGACCUGCUUUCACACGUAGUGGCCACUAUCUCAAAUCUACCUGCGCGUGCGAUACUCCCCCUUGGAGAUGUAUUUAUCAACGUACACCCAAUAACUUUCUCUGGCAUCGAUAACUAUGAGCUACCUGAAGGUAGCUCUGGUACAUGGGUUGUAUCGGAAGACUUUGUCAACGACACCAACGACGCCGGAGAAGACUUCAGAUGCCGCAUAGUGUAUGUGCAUGGUAUCGUUGUUGCAGAUGACUGCUAUGGCGAUGUGUACAUGAUACCGAUACUGGAUAUCAUGAACGACGCAAAACAGGCCCUGAAUGCGACUUCGGUUACAUUGCCGCGAAAUACUCGUGAAGCAACGCAUUUGGUACAGUCGAAAAGCUUCAACCUACAUGUGGGCUCUGAUGCGACCAUCUCAUCACGCACGUCCUUAGGGCCAACUGAAAGUGGCCUGGAGAGAACGCCUAACGUUUCCGUAACCCUCACUGAUGAGCCUAGACAUCUGAAGAGGUGGGCGUAG